CCAGCUGAGCAGCACAGGACCACACACAGUCUCACUGAGUUGGUAGACAUGGAGGAUGGGAAGCCUGAUCUGCUGCUGGUCAAAGAGGAGACUAUAGAAGAUGGACCAGAGAGCAUUGACCUGCUGAGUGGACUAAAGAUGGGGGAGCAAGGUGGUUGGCUAGAGGCUAACAGAGGAGACUGGGCUGCCAUCUUGGAAUCCCAGACCCAGACUGGUGCACCCAAAGGCUCAGGGGACAUCAUCACUGAGCAGGCCAGGACCAGAGGCGACAUAGUGGAGAUCAAUGGAUGGGACAGCGUCCUCAACUCUGAAGUGGGGAACAACACCUUGAACCACAACCAGAAACAGACAGUCGAACACAAAACAACAACCAAACUUAGUCUCCAUGACAACAGACUGGCUGAGACCAGGGCAAGGUGUAGAUUUGGUCUGCAGGGACGGGGAGGUGUCCGUAUGCAGCGGGAGAGAACAGACACAGACUCUGCUAGCGAUGCUCCGUCCUGCUACUAUAGUUGUGAUUCAGAGAGACUGAUGGCACCUCAGGUUAACCCCCUAACAGGUGCUGCCUUCAGCCCGCCUUCUAUAGGAUCUAUCAACUGGAACAUGGACCCUGCGACAACACAGACUCUCCCUGGCAUUUGUCCUCCUCACAGUCUCCUAAUGUUAAACCAGACCUCAGACAAUGCCAGUGCCUCAACACUAAAUGGCUACACAAGCCCAUUGACAAAUGACAGUAGUAGUAACGCUAUCAGCAGAUCUGGUGGCAAAGAGAAGCGCUUUCCGUGUUCAUUCUGUGGGAAAGCCUUCAGUUUCCCCAAACAGGUGGAGAUCCACCAGAGGAUGCACACAGGGGAGAAACCAUUCAGCUGUCAUCUUUGCCGGGCCAGUUUCUCCCAGUUGUCCAACCUGAAGAGGCACCAGAGGGUCCACACCGGGGAGAAGCCUUACAGCUGCCCCCAGUGUGAGAAGAGGUUCUCCCACCAGCACCAUCUGAAGAUACACCUGAAGGUCCACAUGGGGGAAAGGCCUGUACGCACUGGGGAAAGAGUGUUCUCGGAGAGGAGUUAUCUCAGGAUACACCAGCAGAAAAUGCACACGGACAAUGUAUAGUGUAUAGGUCCCGUCUAAUGCCUGCUGACUGGGUUCAUAGAAAGCCUGGACCUGGGUCUAGCCUUCCUCAGCUACCUCAUGGUUACCGCACAAAUACAGACAGGGUCAGGAUUGGUGUUCACAAGAGUUACCUAACCUGUAACACAGCACACAAUCCCAACAACACCCAAACAAUGGGUAGAGGUCAAGGAGGGAGCUCAAAGACUAACCACCUGAGGGUGGUUGCUCCUGCUUCUACCUCCUCUGGUGUCAUUGGGUUACAACGCGGGAGGCCGAGCAUGAGAACGGAUGCUGACAAGCCAUACGCCUGCCCCAGGUGUGGGAAGCGCUUCGCUAAGACUAAAUAUAUGAAGCAGCACCAGAGCGUUCACACUAAGGAGGCCUUUCAAGUGCAAGCUGUGUUACAAGAGCUUCUCAUUCCUGAGUAGCCUUAUUAGACAUAGGAGUGUCCACAAUGGGGAGAAAUCGUAGCAGUGUGGCUUGAGAAGGGAUAUCUGGGAACUAUUCUUUAGCUGUUAUAUUAUAGUCAUCAUGUGAAGUGUCUUGGGCUAAGAGGGUAAUUAACCAUAUAACAUUCAUUAAACCUUUGUUAACUUGUCAUUUAAAAUAGGCUUGUGUACCUGUUUUUAGAGAGACUAGGUUAGAAUAAGGACAGUUUCAUUUUUACCUUACUGAGGUGAUGUAGAUAGAAUAGAAAAUAAUAUCAUCACUUUAUUCCUACACACUUUUUUCUAAACUAGUCUGCUCUCUGCUUGAAAGAUACUGAUCAUAGGAGAUUUGAUGUGUAACGUAAUAAGCAGUACCGCAUUUCAAAGAACAGCAUACGUCACUUUUUCAUUUAACCACACCCUUUGAGCUAUGACGCCAACCAAUAAGAUACUUUCUCUUCAGUGUAACGGAAGUGGGUGUGGCUAGGCGACAUGGUGGAAGCGGAUGUGGAACUGAAAUAGAAUGCUGGUGGAGAAAAGGAUGAGUGGACUAAGGAGAGAAAAACUGUUGUGGAAAAUAUGUCUAGUUCUGAUCAUAUCCCAUUGUGUCUGGUAGGACUGCAGUUUUUGUAAAAACAAUGUAUGCCAGACUUGGUGAAUCCGUUUCCAUUUAGUGUGUUUCUGCUGAUCAGAAAAGGCGUGUCUCACCCGAAUUGAUGAAUAUAAUCUAUCUUGCGUUGAUGUGCCACCAGUCAAAGGAGACAUUUUUGGAGUCUUGGAAGAAGUCGACAUUGCUCUACUGAAGAAUGAAUCGUGUGGUAAAUGGCAUGAAGGAGAAGAUUUUGUCUGUUCUUGGGUUUUUUAUGUGGAGUGUCUCCCUACCCGAGUGCAGCUGGGAUAUGUGUACUAUUCUGUGAGAGCCUUUAUAUACUUCUUAGUAAACUCAAAUGGAUAAGU